GAAAAGGAUUUGGAAGAGCUGCAACAAUCUCCAAAAUCUUGUGAUUCUGCUCUGUCCAGUCAACCAAUCAGUCGUCCUCCAUCAGCUCUUCGUCUGGCCAGAUCCGAAUUGCAUUCUCGACGGCUCGAACUGUCACAGCGUCAGAAGAUCAUUCUCAGAGAGCGCAAAGUGUUGGAUUAUUUUCGUUCGCCACAAGGACGGCGCUUUUUGCAGUCUCAGGUAGGAUGA